AUGAGUCAAUAUCAACCACUGCUUGGCAAAGUCGCCGUUGUCACUGGUUCAAGCCGUGGCAUCGGAGCAGCCAUCGCACUUAAGCUUGCAGCUUUCGGAGCUGACGUCGUGGUCAAUUAUGUCUCUUCGCAAGGUCCGGCCGAAGAUGUCGCGGCGGCCGCACGCAAGCAAGGUGUGAGAGCAAUCUGCAUCCGAGCCGAUGUUAGCAAGCGCGAAGAAAUCGCCAACCUGUUCCGGCAAGCGGUGUCCGAGCUUGGACAUAUUGACAUUGUCAUGAGCAACUCCGGCAUUGAGCACUUUGGGAACCUUGAAGAUGUCAAGGAAGAGGAGAUUGACAGAGUCUUGGCUGUCAAUGUCAAGGCCCAGUUCUUCGUGGCCCAGGAGGCUCACAAGUACUUGAAAGAGGGAGGGCGCUUGAUACUGAUCUCGUCGAUCUCUGCGGUUUGGGGUGUCCCGCGUCACGCGCUGUACUCGGCUUCGAAGGCAGCUAUCACUGGCAUGGUCAAGUGUCUUGCGCUUGACUUUGGGUCUCGCAAGAUCACCGUUAAUUGCAUUGCGCCCGGAGGCAUCAAGUCGGACAUGUAUACCGAGGCUGCGAAGGAUUACUUCCCUGGGGGAGAGCAUCUGACCGCGGAGGAAAUUGACGCGAAAGUAAGCGGCAUGAGUCCGAUGGGACGGCCAGGGUUUCCGGACGAUAUUGCUGGCGUCGUGGCACUGCUGGCAUCUCCCGAGUCGCAGUGGAUGACCGGUCAAACAUUCCACGUCAACGGAGGGGCGCACAUGGCUACGUCUUGA